AUGACAGAACUUUUAAACGGCCAUCAUACAGACUUCAGCGGGACGAAUGGUAGGUUCGAAAAUGGCACUGCUGAGGAAUGUUCAGAUGAAAACUUAAAAGUAGCUAAACCUCCACGGAAGAAAGUUUCCUUCCACGAAGCCGUUACGGAUAUUGAUGUUUUUAUCGAAAAUGACUCCAUCCAAAAUGGCGAGCCCCUUGAGGAGGAGAAAGACGGAAAAGAAGAAGGUGUUGAUGAGCUCGACAGCUUGGGUGACAUUCUCAACAUAUCCGACAAGAUUAACUUCUUCAAGAACGCCUUCGCGGACACAAAAGCCUGCAAUAAUGCUGGCCAUGGUCAGCAGACUUCGAUUCCGGAGGCGAGAUUGGCUUUUGUCACCGGGAUGGUCGAGAGCCUCUCGGCAGGAAGUGUUUCGCGUGCGGGACCCGGCCGUGAAGAACCUUAUGGCCAAGAAGGCAUCGUAAAUGUAGCGCGCCAAGAUGGAGAUGACGAUAACGUGGAGAAGGUUCUCGAGCAAGCAGUUUCGGAUAAACCAGAGGAUCUUCCAGAGAUUGUUGAAGCAGCAGACGCAAUGACAGCCAUGACAGAUGUGACGUAUUCCAAGAUAUUUGCUCCCAUGAAGCAUAAGAGUUCUUCUGUUGAAGCAGUUGUCGACACUACAUCAAUUUUGGAACAUAGAGAAGAGUUGAGAGAUCUUUGGGAAAAACGAAUGAUGGCCGACGAUAAUCAAUCUUCUCCCUCUUCUACUGUGACUGAGCAGAAGAGUUCUAAACCUCUUUCGGAAGAGGAGAAUGAAGAAAAGAUUUCGGAAACCAAGAGCGAAAGCGAAACUAAAGUGGAGCAAAAAAUUUCGAAUGGAUUCGCGAAGCCCAUCGAAAACAAUAAUUGCGAAAAUGAUGGCAACGCCAACCACAUCCAAGAGAAGCCGGUAGAAAACGGCAUAUCAACUGUUUCAUCUAGCAUUCCCAACUCCGAUGCGGACCAAGACAACAAUAACAGCGCCGACUCUCUUGAAGAAGACAAUGCUGAAGAAUACAACGAAGAAAAGACCUAUACAUCGAAAUUAGAGCAAACUCUUGUUGUGAAAGAGGUGAAGGAAACAUCGGAAUCAGUUGCUGAUUCUACCACAGUGGAGGUAAAAUCUACUAAGGAAACUGAAGUUGCCUCUGAAGCACCUGUUGCUUCUGAGACAGCUGAUGUACCAGCGGAAGAAACUGUGCCAGAGAAAGUUGAUGUUGUUGACCAGCCUGAUUCAACUGAGAAUGCUGCUGAAGUCAGUGAGGUCUCAUCGAGUGCAGAGGUUCAUGAGAAAAAUGAAGUUGUCUCCGAAUCUGUUCAGGAAAUCAUUACCCAAGAGGUGAUCACAACUUCGUCCUCAGUAACAGUUAAAAGUCAUGAACAGGAACUAGUGGAAGCUUUUGCCCAAGCCCAGGUGAAAGGUAUCGAAGUGCCUGAUCCUGUUGAUGAUGAUGGUGACGGUUUUGUGCGGUUGGCUGAAUGCAUACCACAAGUGGAUAGCUCGGAAGACAUUUCUCAAUCUGAAGAUCGAGACAUGGCUGAUGAACCAGAAAUUUCUUCUACAAGUAUUGAAGAUCACAACUCCCGCCCAUCUUCAACAGAAUCGAGCGGUCCCACCAGCGACAUCAAGACACCCACCAGCAACCCCGAAAUCGAGCAGUUCGUCAAAUCCGGAGGCGUGAAACGCAUCAUACCCGGAGUCCAGAAGACGGAACAACCUUACAGCAGUUGCACCACUGAGACAAAGAUCGCCAUGGAGAUCCGAGAGAUGAGAGAACGGGAAGAGGAGCUGCGGGUGAUGCGAGAGCAGGCCCUCCUGUCACCAGUGGUGAGUCCGGUGCCCCCCAAGAGCCCCGUGGCCCGGAGCCCCUCUCCAGCCCAGAAGGAAGUACAUAGCCCCACCCCCUCAGGGCCCGGGUACCGCGUGAGCAGCGUCUUUGGACAGAGAGGCACCACAUCGCCCUCGCCACCUGUUUCGGUUUCUGAAGAGAAAACUUUCAAACUGGGUAAAGAAUCUGCCGUGGAGAAGGAGAUCAGGAUGGCCAGAGAUCGUGAGGAAGAGCUCAGGAAACAGAAAGGCCUUCCACCCAGGGAAGAUGACAGUUACGUUAAGCCAAGCCAAGUGAAAUCUUCCCAGGUUCGUGUUUUCGGAAAGAUGGUGGGUACUAAUAAUACAUCUCUGAAGCAAGCUGCCACUGCCAAGAUACAACUAGAAAUCGAAGAACAGACUCGUCGAGAGAUGGCCCUCCGAGAAACGGGGCACAUCCAGACUAUCUCCGAAGAGCGCACUGAUGCCAAAGUCGCCAAGCUCAAACCCCAAGAGAAUGGAACAGCUCAUACCAAUGGUAACUCCCACCAUCACACUAACGGAAACUACACCAACGGCCGAUCAUCUCCCGAUGUAGGACCUUACAAGCGUACUACUCCAUCGCCUACCGGAGCCAGACCAGCCAGCAUAUUUUCCCAGAACAACAACGCCAUUCCGAAGGGUAACAUCAGCAUGCACAAGUUCAUCGCCAGCAAAGGAAAAGAGACAGCCUUUUCUGCCGCCAGGAACGGAGGCACUUUCAUUCCUAAAGAAGACACAACUAACAGGGCAGCAGUCCCCCCACCUAUGGUCAAGUUGAAGAGGAACCCCUCCGUAGAAUCCAAGAUACAACAGGAGAUUAUGGAGAUGAAACAAAGAGAAGAAGAAUUGAAAAAAUUGCACAUGCGAAGCAAUGAGAAUUCUUCCAUUGAUGGGAACAAUAUGGAACAUGAAAUGAAUCAAAAAAAUAACUUAGUAGAAUAUGAAAAUGGAAAUGGACUUAAUGACGAGGAAUUAAGCCCACGUCACAAUAAGCUCAUUGCCCAAUGGGAACAAAGGAUUCAGAAAGCAGAAAGUUGAGAUGUGUAAAUGAAAUUCCUGCUCCAAACUUAAGCUGUCAACAGCAAUUCUUGUGCUUGUGUUACAAUAGAAUUGCAAUUUGAAUGACUUAUACAUGUGCCUUAAUGCGAUGGAACUUUUAAAAAAAUGUAUAACAUCUGUGGUUAUUUUUAUACUGCAGUAUACUUAUUACAGAAAUAUUUUCUAACAUCUAAACUGAAUCAUGUACUUUUUAUAUAAACAGAGCUAUAAUAUGUAGAACGAAAACGUGUCUUAAACUAGAUAAAUUCUCUUAAACGUAAUUCAGGUAAUUAUGUAAUAAAAACUAAAAAAGAGCUAUAAAAAUGUCAUGUUAAACUGUAAAUAUCAGAUGCAAAAUAUAUAUUUAGUUUUAUUUUUCUUUUGUCAUUGUUAUUAGUGAUAUUAUUUUUUUGUUUGUUUUUCAAACUGAAUGACAUGAGUGCACUCAUUAAUAGAAAUAAUUGAAUAUUUCUAUGUUUCAACUGCAAAAUAAUUUCUAUUUAUGAAGAUCUGUACAUGUGGCAAUUUUCUUUUUAUUUAAUAAAGCUGGAAGCAUGGAGAGUGAGUAGAUCUCUCCUCCAUCUUCACAUAAACUGAAAA